GCAAGUUGGAUCCGCGCACCGGAGCGCUCGGUGGAAACAAGUGUUUACCUGAUUGCCGCCGCUGCAAGGAUUCAUCUUGUUUACAAAGAUAGCUUAAAACACUGCUGAGCGGGGAAGGCGAGCCUCAUGAGUCGGCCUCGUGGAUUGCAUCGACAUAAUGGAUUUAACUAAAAUGGGUAUGAUCCAGCUCCAGAACCCCAACCACCCCACUGCCCUGCUGCAGAAGGCCAACCAGAUGCGUCUGGCCGGGACUCUGUGUGACGUGGUCAUCAUGGUAGACAGUCAGGAGUUCCACGCUCACCGGACUGUGCUAGCCUGCACCAGCAAAAUGUUCGAGAUCCUCUUCCACCGCAACAGCCAGCAUUACACCCUGGACUUUCUUUCACCAAAGACUUUUCAGCAGAUUUUGGAGUAUGCUUACACUGCCACGCUACAGGCCAAGGUGGAGGACUUGGAUGACCUCCUGUAUGCAGCGGAGAUCCUGGAGAUUGAGUAUUUGGAAGAGCAAUGUCUCAAGAUCCUGGAAACGAUCCAGUCCUCGGAUGAGAACGACGUCGAGGUAAAUGCUAAUGACGGAAGCACAGAGGAGGAUGAAGAGCGCAAAGGCCACAACGGAGCCAAGAACUCAAAACAGCAUUCCAUGGUGAGCCCCUAUCUGUCAGGUGCCCAGCAAGUCUCCAUGUCUGGGAUGGUGGACCAGAGUCCCUCGGUGUCCACCUCCUUCAGCGUCUCCACCCUGAGUCCCACCAAAGCUGCUGUGGACAGCCUGAUGAGCAUCGGCCAGUCUCUGCUUCAGCAGGGCUUUGGUGCCGAACAACUCGUCCAUGGCAACUCCCACCACCUGAUGACUGAGAUCAAGACUGAAAUGAUGCAAGUGGACAUGGGUGGCAAUGACAGCCCUCAGAACAUGGAGUCCAGCGCCUCCAGCAAUGGAGAGCGCAGCGGGGAGGACAGGAACCGAGAUGGUCCCGGCACACCGACCAGGAGCAGCGUGAUCACCAGUGCCCGCGAGCUGCACUACGUCCGCGAUGAUGGCAUGGGCGACCAUCAAGCUGAAGUCAGUCAGAUGGGGUUGGAGGCGAUGGCUGGAAUGACAGAGAAACAUCUGGCCUCGCUGUACGCCCUACCUGUCAAUCACAAAUCAGAUGCCAUCAUGUCCAUGCCGGCGUCCAUGGCCUCCGCUCUCCCCAUGUCCCCAGCCCUGGCUAUGUCUAUGGACUUCAGUGCCUACGGGGGCCUCCUGCCUCAGAGCUUCAUCCAGAGAGAAUUCUUCAGCAAGCUCGGGGAGCUGGCAGUGGGCAUGAAACCAGACGGCAGGAACCAGCACGAACGUUGCAAUGUUUGCGGUGCAGAGCUGCCAGAUAACGAAGCUGUGGAGCAGCACAGGAAGAUGCACAGUGGAAUGAAGACCUACGGCUGUGAGCUGUGUGGGAAGAGCUUCCUCGACAGCCUCCGUCUACGGAUGCAUUUGCUGUCUCAUUCAGCUGGUGAGAAGGCCAUCGUUUGUGACCAGUGUGGCGCCCAGUUCCAGACAGAGGAAUCCCUGGAGGCUCACCGACAGAUCCACACCGCGUCUUCCUGUUCUGUCUUAUCACUUCAGAGGGGCCAUCGUUACACUGACUCACCUUUCAGGGUUCUUCCCUGUAGCAGGAUUUCCUAA